UCCAUUAACAGUGUAUCUUAUACAGAAGGACUUAUAAUCAAAUAAGGGACCUAGAAAGGAUGUGUUAUUUCAGUUGUGAUUCAUCUCUCUUCUCACAGCCGCUGUAGCGUGCAGAGACUCCUCAGUCUGGCCAGAGACUGGAUUGACUAAACACUCUACUGAACAUAGACCUUCCAUAAUAGUCUAUGUAGAGGUCAUUGGUAGUGGCUAUGUCAAAGCUACUUACUGUAUAUGGAAGCGUAUCCUGCCAUAUUCAAAUUGGAAGUUGAUUUUGCCAUAAUCAGCCUCACAGUCAAACAGUUGGAUCGUCAAACUCCUGGAUUUAGCCACAUGGCUUGCUUCAUUGUUUUGAACUGAUUCUCCUGCCAACAAAUACCAUUGCAGAACCCCACACCAGUCUGAUUGAAUGGCCCCCUCUGUAGCAGCCAUGAUCCCAGAGCAGCUYCUGGGCCCRCAGGUAUGCAGUCCUGUAGGGGAAAUGAAGCUCUUGCCUGAGGAGGAACGAGGGGAGGAGUCUGACCCCUGUCCCCAGGAAGUGAUGGACUGCUAUGGCCACUCCCCCUCAAUGACUCACUGCCCCAGCACCGACAGUCUUAGCAGUGAGGAGCCAUUCUGUCGUAUCUGCCACGAGGGAGGGGGUGUCGGGGAGCUGCUCUCCCCCUGUGAGUGUGCAGGGACGCUGGCCAUGGUCCACCGGGGCUGCCUGGAACACUGGCUCACUGCCUCCAACAGCAGCCGCUGUGAACUCUGCCACCACCAGUACUCCCUGGAGAGACUGCCCAAGCCGCUCACUGAG